AAACUCUCUAAGAAAAACCUCUACCUCCCUAAGAAAAACCUCUACCUCCGGGAUAAUGAUUAUGUUCUAGUUGAUAUUGACUACAUCGACACAUGGAAGGCUAUGGAGAAAUUGCUUGACACUGGAAAGGUGAGAGCUAUUGGGAUCUCCAACUUUUGUCACAGUGAAACACAAAGGUUAUUGGACAGCUGUACAGUCAAGCCACAAGUCCACCAGAUGGAAAUGCAUCCUUACUUGAUGCAAGAUGAGUUCUUGGGAUUUCACAACUUCAACGAGAUCCAUGUUACUGCGUAUUCGGCAUUCGGAAACCAAAACCAGCUGUAUGAAUUAACAGGUGAACCUCGGACCUUAGAACAUCCUACAGUUGUGGAAAUUUCCACCAGGUUGGGAUGCAGCCCUGCCCAAUUGCUAGUUGCAUGGGCACUUCAUAGAGGAACCUCGGUGAUUCCCAAGUCUGUUACCCCGAGGAGAAUUGACGAAAAUUUGAGAGGAGUCUCAGUAAAAUUAUCCAAUGAGGAUUAUGCGGCGAUAUCUAACUUGGGAUUUCUGAGAAGAUAUGCUGAUUUUGGUCCAUUUGUCGGAUACUGGUACUAUAAAGAUUUGGAGUGUCCUGGAAAGAAGCCACAGGAUCAC